CGCAUCUAGCCCGUGUAGAGACAUAUCUGGAAUGGGCUGUCAACAAGGAUGUAAAGUGUUUGAAGGACAACCUUAUUGCUUUUGUGCAAUUGGAUACGAGCUCAAUUCAGACAACAAGACCUGCAAGGACGUAGACGAGUGCUCCGGUGAUGACAGUGUUUGUAAUCACGUGUGUAGGAACACUAAUGGUGGAUUUACGUGCUCCUGUUUCGAAGGUUAUAAACUACAGCCAGACGCAACAUCAUGUCGAGCGUGUGACUCCACACAUUACGGACACAACUGUGACAGCGUCUGCGCGUGUGACAACCUCGACCACUGCGACACGAUCCGCGGCUGUAUAUGUCUCGACGGCUGGUCCGGCGUCAACUGCACCGACGACGUCAAUGAGUGCUCCGACCCACGACAACGUCCGUGUUCUCAAGAACAUGAAGAUUGCCACAACACGAUCGGUUCCUACUUGUGUCGGUGUGAGGUCGGCUACCAAAGGGUUAACGAAACCUGUACAAAUAUCAACGAAUGUUUGACGUCAUCAAACAACUGCUCCAACAACACCGAGUGCAUAGACACCGAUGGUGGUUUUCUGUGUCGUUGUCGUCGUGGUUACACUGAACAUGACUCAGUCUGUGAAGACAUCGACGAGUGCAUGCUGGGUAUUCACGGGUGUCAACAGAACUGUACGAACUACGAAGGCGGUUACAGCUGCGACUGUGACGUCGGCUUCAGGCUGAAACACGACAGAAAGACCUGCGAGAGAGUUCCAGAAGAUGACCCGUGCGUGGGGUCUAACACCACGUGCAGUGACCCCGCCUACUGCACAGCCGUGGGAGGUCAGCUGACUUGUAAAUGCCCUUCAGGGUAUCGCCUCAAUCCAAACCAAACAAGUUGCUAUGCGCCGGAUCCAUGUGUGUCCAACCCGUGUAAAGGUCCGCCAUAUUCUUUCGCCUGCGAUUCCAAGUCGGCGACCUUCACGUGUUCCUGUAACCAUGGAUACAAGCUGCAGAAUGACAUGGUGACGUGUGCAGCGUGUGACAAAUUCCACUGGGGGGCGAACUGUUCUGUUCCCUGUAACUGCCAGAACGGCGCUACGUGUCAUCACAAAGAUGGCUGCCAGUGUACAUCCGAUUGGAAAGGCGAUACGUGUGACGAGGAUGUUGAUGAAUGCCGGGACAGGUUAACCUGUCCGAAUGCAUCCUGUAACAACACACGUGGGUCGUUUUACUGUUACUGUAAGAAAGGAUUCGUGUAUACGAACAACACCUGUCAAGAUGUGGACGAAUGUUCCGAGAAAACACACUCGUGUGACGUCACACAACUCUGUUCUAACAGCCUAGGUUCCUAUGCAUGUUCUUGUCGCACGGGCUGGGUUCACGUUAAUCGCACCUGCAUCAAACAAGCACCGACAGAAACCACCACAACUCGAGUAACAGAACUAUCAGUAUCGGUUGAGAUUACACUGAGCGCGGACUACAAGGCAGAUUUCUCUGACCCAGACUCCAGUGAUUACCAGGAGUUUGUCCUGCAGUUCCAGCGAGCGAUGGAGGCCAAACUGCAAGUGUUAUUGACACAUUUCAUACGCCUGAUUGUUACCAAAAUAUCGAGAGGUAGCACAGUGGUUGAUUUCGACGUAUAUAGUGACGGGUCGGCCAGUGUGACGUCACGGGAGCGGCAAAUAGCCCUGGCGCUGUCGUCUAUCUAUUCCACGGGGUCCUUGUUGCUAGGCAACGAAACUGUGAACAUCACAAAACAACCUACCAUAAUAUCGGACGGAAAGACUGAAAACGUUGUGUGUCUAUUGUGCGACAUAGAUGAAGAAUGUAUAGAAACGGACAAGAAUAAUUUCCAAUGCAGACAAAAGGAAUCAGAUACGAGUCUUCUAAUGGGGCUGGCUAUAGGAAUCCCAGUGUCCAUCGCGGUGGCCGCCAUUGUAGCUAUGUUGAUCGUCUGCGCGAGGAGGAAGAAGACGUACCAGAAACACCUACUGACAGACGACGAUCCCAGCAGAGACCCAACGCACGUUCGUCAAGCCUUUGGCAGCAUCAGCACGGCAUUUUCCGGAGGAAGUUACGAAAACAGCUUCGGUAAACGACUCGGCCGCUAUAACUGGGAGACGUUCGGCGAGUUCAACGUAUUUCCCCGAGUACAACCGACGGAACAAGCGGCGCAAUACGACAACACAGUGCCGGUGACGUGGGGAAGCUCCCUGUGGCAGAAUGGAUCUCAAGAGGCAGGGAACGAGGUGAAAGGCAGCCCUGGAAAGUUCUCCUUGGAUUUCGUAGCUAACAAUCUGGAUUCAGAUAGAGAGUUCAAAAUACAACGACCUCGAUUACUUAGCGAACCAAACAUUGUCUUCGAGACCUCGAAAUCACCAGACGACUUUUCCGUGUGAAUUCUACCAAAGAAAUCAGAGACCCCGAGAACGUGUUGUUUGUCAUGCACCGACAUUUAGUGUAUUUGGUGUACAGAACAAGAAGUGAGAUCGUAUGGUGGUGUGGAUUUUUGUUUUGUUUGUCCUAUGAGAGAUGGAUAUGCCUUAUGGGAGAUAACUCUGUUACAAAACUGUUAUAAAUUUUAUAUUAAUAUGAUUUUGUAUUCCUUUCUUUUUUUUGUUAUCUCCUUAACACCCAGAAACCGGUGUGUUGAUUUAUUAGGCAAUCCAUUCAUUUAUUCAUCCAUUUAUUCAUCCAUCCAACCAUCCAUUCACCCAUUACUUUGUUAUUCAUUUUUUAUCUCGGUGACUGAGACAUUACAUUUUCACUGUUUUUACAUUGAAAUACGUGCAUUGAAUAAUGUUGAAUAAUCACAAUCAUAAUACAGGGGUCGAAAUUGACCAGCUCAUCGGUCCAGCAAGCUACAAAUUUUGCCGGUCCAAAUCAAAACCCCGCCGGAACAAAACCUGAUUGACUAAAACUAACAUGUUAAUAUAAACGUAAAGUAAUUGCCCGUGCAGGUGCCCGUGCAAGAGGUGAGUUUCGAGGGUCGAUUAACCUCCCUGCUUCAGCAUAUUUUCUUUAGUUUUUUCUUUACAUUUUCCGGGAGCAUGUCUCGAACCUCCCCCACCCCCAGUAAUCUUCGAUCACCACAGUCUAGAACCCCCCCCCCCCCCCCGCCCUACUACAAUUUGGGAUGGCAGUAUUUUGACCCUGAUUCAAUAAUAUUAUAAAUCAUGGUGGUACUAGACAAACCAAGGUCACUAGAAUCACUUCAGAUGUUGGGAACUGGAUUAUCUGAGCAAUAAAAUGCAAGUAACACGGGUGGGAAUUGGUGGACUGUAAAAAAGAGGAAAUCUAGAGGGGUCCCAGAAAUUCUUGAAAUUCUAGAUUAAAAUCUGUGUGGAGUAAAGGACGAUUAAAAUGCGAGGAAACGCAAUGUUCCAUGAGAGGAAAACAGCUGA